CUAUAUAGUCACUUUUUUUUCUUCUUUUUUUUAACCAUAUAAAUGACGAAACGUUUUUGGCUUCCACGCGUUUUUACUGUUCGCCUUGUUAAGUGUGUCACUUUUACAUUCUCAUAGGAGUACUGUACGACUGAAAAUUGCUGUGUAAUGACCAUCCAGCUAGUGGACGCAAAAGUCAGUAGCAUACUAGUAAAGACUGUGUGAGCGCAUCUUUUUGCCUGCGCUAUUUUUUUUCCUUUUUUCUUAAGAUAACUCUUAUCUCAUCAGAACAGAGGGAUUUCCUCCACCGUCGCCUUGGUCAUUGGGGAACACACUGCGGUUGCGUAAACAACGCGUCAGCUGAAGUUUGAAACUUCUCAACACAUCGCUGGACCAGAACAAUAAACAUAUCAGAAGAAUUCGAGGAUGACUACAGAGAUCAUGAACAACGUCACUGGUGGUUUGACCCUGAAAGGAUGCUCUCUGGUCCAGUACUAGCGCGCCUCCUGCUCUGGGCCACACUGCACACCGCACCCUCUCUCGGUCAGGCCUGCCUGUGCACAGCCCUCCAGCCUGCGGGUUUGCUAGUCAACUGCACCUCUUCUGACCUGCGGGCGCUGCCUCCUCUGCCAUUAGACACCACAGAGCUCCUCGUGCCGGACAGCGGCCUCACCACCAUCCCCUCUGGCCUGUUUGACAAAGCGCCGAGACUUCAACGUGUCUCUCUCGCGGGCAAUCCUUUCCACUGUGACUGCAGUAUUGAGUACGUAAGGAACUGGCUUUUGAGGAACAGGGCCGCAGUCUCUCGGGAGCCAACGUGCUUCAGUCCCAGCUCAGUGGCUCAGAAAGCUAUCACAGAACUCACUGAUGACUACUUCAUCCGCUGUGCCCCGAGAGGCUGCGGUAGUCUCACCUCUGCUGUUGUGAUGGGAGUAAUGCUCUGCGGCCUCAUAGUUCUGCUCCUGUGGAGUCUGAAACUCGCCAAAAACUGCAGCUUCACCCUUAGUAUUGAGGAAAAGCACUCGCGACUUAAGGCUGACUCUUUGCGUGCGCUGAGAGUGAGACACAGGAGGAGGCAGUCAGCUGGCAAUGAACAUUGUCAGCUACUCACGGAGGAUUUGGAAAGGCAUCCUGUCAACAUGGAGUUACUGCCGCAAGUGCUUGAUGUGUUGCAAAAGAAACACAAUAUUAAGAUUAAGGCUAUCUGAGGCACCUGUUUGAACACAAUUUAUGCAAACACUACAAAAGGCAGAGUCUUCGAUAACAAUAAAGUUGGAUUGUAAAUUUAA